AUGAACAACAUUCGUUAUAAGGAGGCCUUAACUACGGCCCGUGAAUGGUAUUCCGGUCUCUCAACAAAGGGGAAGAUAGCUCUCGGAUGCCUUGCCGUUGUUAAUUUGGCUUGUGCUUUUGUGGUUGUUAUCUUUCACGGACGCAUUACUGCACUUGUUCUUGACUAUGCAGAAACACUCAGACAAUCAGGGUGGCGUGGUCGUGCACUCUUUGGAGUCUUGUUGUCAGUUGUUUCCUUCCCCCCCUUGGCUGGCUUCUCAACAUUGGCUAUUCUUGUGGGGGCUGUAUAUGGAUGGAAUGGAAUUUUUCUUGUCGGAACCGUCGCGUCGGUCAUGUCAACACUGUCCAUGGUAACUUGCAGAGUUUUCCUCCAAGAGAAGGCCAAACGUCUGGUGGCUCUUCAUCCGUCUUUGCAAGUUGCAGUCUCUGCAAUCACCAACGAAAGUACAUCGUUUCUUGAAGAGACAUUUGCACUCCUACUUGUGAAGUUGAGUCCUCUUCCUUAUUCCCUCACUAAUGGAGCUCUCGCAUGUGUUCCAGGGCUUAACACAUGGACUUUCCUUAUAGCAUGUAUCAUUUCUUCGCCCAAAUACCUUCUCCAUAUCUUUAUGGGGAUCCAACUUGCAUCCAUUGGCGAAGGUACUCCAGGAUCAAUCCCAACAAGUGUCCGUCUUCUCUUUCUAAUAGGUACCGGUGCAGCCUUUGCGGCUUUGAGUGCCCUUAUAUAUAAGAGGCUCACCACUAUGGCGGCUCAGCGCGGGGAGGGCGAGGAUCAAUUUCGAGAUACUCAUGAGCCUUCAGCAAUUCCACUGUAG